AUGGAAGCCUCACAGAACCCCGCAGCUCCCACCUCGGCCAUGGACCGCAUGCGAAUGCAAGCAGCCCAGAACCCAAACGCUGCUCACCGUUCGUUUGACACUUAUCCAUGGUUAAAAGAUCCUGUGUUUCAAUCGCAACUUGCCACUGCACUAUUGAAUCAAACUCAUCUACCCCCUGCAGAAAUCGCCCUCCAGUGCCGUAUCAUUCGAUACGACGAGAGGAUAGGCAUCAAGAUCGACCGUGCCAGGUACCGGGAGUAUCGCUCUUCAGAGCAACGUCCCAUGGUCAUUGUUGUUCCUCCGGUCAUUUUAGAACAGGAGGCUCUUUUUGAACCUGAUGCCACCAAGCGCAGAUAUGCAGCAAUAUACAAUGACGACUUCGAUGUUGACACAUCUGAGGAAAGCAUAGACCAGGACGUCCCGUCAUGGCAACGGUCUGCUCCCAAGGCCGCCCUCUACGUCAAUAAGGACAAUCUGUCUGCCGUCGACAGCCAAGACAAAGAGCCAUAUCCAAAGAAGUUUGAAGAGAUCAUCGCAUUUCUACAAACCGGCAAGGAGAUACCUGGUAUCGUCAAGAUACCUGACACAGUUAUUGAUGACCCAUCGAUAUCAACUACAACUGGCCGGUCUGCGCCCCUUAAACCGUGGGAAAAGAAAAGCGCCGACUAUGAGGGUCCUCAAUGA